AUGCCUGCCACUGCUGCAACAGCUACUACUUCAGGCACAUGGGUGCUUCACCACAAGAGAUUCCUUUCUUCGUCGAGAAGAAGAGACUCGGGUAGUAGUACUGCUACUUCUCUCUCAGUUUCUUCAACCCCCAAAAACACAAACACAAUCACUUGCUCUCUACAAACACCUUCCUUCAUCCAGUUUCCCAAACAAGCUCCAACCUACUCACAGCCAUCAUCAUCAUCAUCUACUACCAUUUUAACUAAAACCCCUAAAGAUCAAAAACCCCUAACUUCUUCUUCUUCGAAUUCUAAGCCUGUUGUACAGCCUCAACAAUGGAAUUUGUUUCAGAGAGUAGCUGCCAUGGCCAUAGACGCAAUGGAGAGCGCUUUGGUGUCAAAAGAGCUCGAACAUCCACUCCCCAAAACCGCAGACCCAAAAGUCCAAAUCGCCGGAAACUUCGCUCCGGUGCCGGAACAACCAGUCAAACACUCGCUCCCCGUCACCGGAAAAAUCCCGGAAUGCAUUCGCGGCGUCUACGUCCGAAACGGCGCCAACCCACUUCACGAGCCGGUCGCCGGUCACCACCUCUUCGACGGAGACGGCAUGGUCCACGCCCUGAGCUUCAACUCCGACGGGAGCGCCAGCUACGCCUGUAGGUUCACCGAAACCCACCGUAUGGUCCAGGAGCGGGCUCUGGGCCGGCCCAUGUUCCCCAAAGCCAUUGGCGAACUCCACGGUCACUCUGGCAUCGCCCGAUUGGCUCUCUUCUACCUACGCGGGGCCUGCGGGCUCGUGGACCCCAGCCACGGACUCGGCGUGGCCAACGCCGGCCUCGUCUACUUCAACGGCAGGCUUCUUGCCAUGUCCGAAGACGACUUGCCGUACCACGUAAGGGUCACCAAAACAGGGGACCUCAAAACCGAAGGGAGAUACGACUUCAACGACCAGCUCAAGUCCACCAUGAUCGCCCACCCCAAAGUGGACCCCGCCACCGGCGAGCUCUUCGCGCUCAGCUACGACGUUGUCCAGAAGCCUUACCUCAAGUACUUCAAAUUCUCCCCAAACGGCACGAAAUCCCCUGACGUAGAAAUCCCGCUGGCUCAGCCCACCAUGAUGCACGACUUCGCCAUUACCGAACGGUUCGUCGUAAUCCCGGACCAGCAGGUCGUCUUCAACCUGCCGGAGAUGAUCCGCGGUGGGUCCCCUGUCAUUUACGACAAGAACAAGGUUGCCCGGUUCGGGAUUCUCGACAAGAAUGCGAGCGAUGCUUCCGGAAUCAGAUGGGUCGAGGCUCCCGACUGCUUCUGCUUCCAUCUCUGGAACGCGUGGGAGGAACCCGACACUGACGAGGUGGUCGUGAUAGGGUCGUGUAUGACUCCACCGGACUCCAUUUUCAAUGAAUGCGACGAGUGUCUAGAGAGUGUUUUGUCGGAAAUACGUCUCAAUUUGAAAACAGGGAAGUCGACACGUCGUCCAAUCUGUUCGGAGCAGAUGAAUUUGGAAGCGGGGAUGGUGAACCGGAACAAGCUCGGGCGCAAGACCCGGUUCGCGUACUUGGCUCUGGCCGAGCCGUGGCCUAAAGUCUCGGGUUUUGCUAAGGUCGACCUUUUCACUGGGGAGGUCAAGAAGCACAUCUAUGGAGAGCAGAGGUUCGGUGGUGAACCUCUGUUUCUUCCAAGAGACCCGAAUUCCGAAAACGAAGACGAUGGUUACAUUCUCGCUUUUGUCCAUGAUGAGAAGGAAUGGAAAUCGGAGCUGCAAAUUGUUAAUGCCAUGACUUUGAAGCUUGAAGCUUCGAUCAAGUUACCCUCCAGGGUCCCGUACGGUUUUCAUGGCACGUUUAUAAGUUCCAAGGAUUUACAGAAGCAGGCUUAAGUUUGUAGAUUUUAUAAGAAUUAGAGGAGAUUUAUCAGUGGGAAGCUUGCAGAUAAGCCCCCGGAGUCUCCCUAGUUACAGAUCGGUGAUGUUGAUGUUUGUAUUAGUUAUGGGUUUUCGGUUAGAGUUAGGAUUGGAGUGAGAGGCUUUGGGGUACCAGCUUGUAGCUUUUGGGUAUAGCUCUAGGUGAAGCUCAGUUCGUUACUGCCGAUACUUUCACUUUCGUGUGAAUUAUUCUCAUGUAUUGUCCUGUAUAUGAUCUUAUAUGGAAGAGUGUAUAUGGAACACUCUGUUUUCUCUUGUACAUGGUGGAGUAUAGUAUGCAGGUUGUUUAUAUAUAAUACGAGUAUUCUUUAAUGUUAA